AUGGAUGCUUCCGGUUAUUCAAGGGGAGCUGAGUCGAUGAAGGAGUUUGUAGAGGCGAAUGUGGAGGUUAAUGUGGGUCCCAUUCAUCGACCCCCAGCUAUUUCCAAGAAAAUGAUGGCUGCUAUUGGUGGUGUAUUCUUGAUUUGGAGUCCAUUUUUGGUGAAAAAGAUUGUUUCUGGAGACACCCUUUUGCAUGAUAAGUAUAUGUGGAUGACCGGGUCGAUUUUCGUGUACUUUUUUAGUGUUUCAGGGACAAUGCAUAGUAUAAUUAGGAAAGUGCCGAUGUAUUUGGAGGAUAGGAAUGAUGCAGGGAAGAUGAUUUUCUUUUACCAAGCAUCUGGGAUGCAGUUAGGGACUGAAGGUUUUGCUGUUGGAUUCUUGUACAUAGUUGUUGGAUUGUUGUUGGCAUUUAUGACUCAUGUUUUGGUUUGUGUGAAGGACAGGGGAGCACAAAGGUUGUUGAUGGCUUUAGGGCUCAUCGUUUCGUUUUGGGCUGUAAAGAAGGUGAUUUACUUGGAUAAUUGGAAGACUGGCUACGGUAUUCAUGCUUAUUGGCCUUCAAGUUGGAUGUGA